AUGUCACAUUUGUCUUCAAUUUUUUUCAUUUACAUUCAAUUAAAACCGGGGGAACAGGCGGCGAACCACCCAUUCCCCCAAAGCAAAAAUUGUGGCCUCGAGACACCCGAAGGUGUUCGCAGCAGGGCCGAUCGUCGCAGUGCAAUGACGACCAAUCCCACUGUACAUCCAGGGUUCUUGAGUCCAGAUGCACGACCCAGUGUAUAUAUGGUGUCUAAUGAACAAGUAGAGUUUCAGGCGCCUUUGCCUGUCAAUGGCUCUAAUUCAACAACAGAAUUUGCAACUCCCAUUUCAAUUCCACGCACUAACUUGAUUCAAAGCAGACUUUCACAUUAUAUUACUUGUAUAUGCAACGAUUUAGAAAACUAUGAGAGAGACAAAACUCAACAAAAGACAAAGACCUUACUCAAGUUUUAUGACAACACUCCACUCCUAGAUAUCCAAGUCGCUCGAAGGUUCACGUCACUUCUUAUGACAGCAAUGAACCACAAUAAAAUAGAAUCAAUAGUCGAUAUGGAGAAGUUCAGCAAGAUCAUCAAGUUGCUUGAAAACAGUAUUACCAUAUGCGCCGAAUUGGAUCUUAUUGAACACUAUUCUCAAACGAGAAACAAAACAGCUCUGUUUUCGAUGCUGAAUCUUUUAAGCGAAACGAUCGAGAUCGCUGGUAUCUUGUUUGACAUAUUGAUUCAUUGUCGUCUGGACAAACAGUUUGUUUCAAGACACCUGAUUACGCAUUGUCUACACUUUAUCAAGAACCAAUUGGAUUAUAUCGUAUACCCUUUUACUGACUUGAACGAGUUUGAAGAACAGUCAUCAUUUAAUCUCAACACACGCACUGUCUAUGAUCUAAUUCGUGAAUCUCCCAAUGAGAAAAGACUCGUGUCCCUGUUUAUUCCAAACAUCACCAAGUUUUUGCGUCGAGCACACCAACUGAUCCAACGCGAAGAAUUGGACGAUGAUGUUCUCGUGACAGUUGCCUAUAUCAGCAUGGCACCCUUUUUUCAUGACCAGUCCGAGCAAACGGAAUGCAUAUUGGAAGACAGUGGCACGUUCAGUCCUUAUGAACAGCUCAAAUUUAGCGCACUUGAUAUACUUAAACACAUCUUUAGUUCUUAUCCGCAGCACAGGAGAUGGAUUUUUGAAGAAAUAUUGACGAGUUUAGGCUCAUUGACAGCUAUGAAUGAUAAACGAAGCUAUCGGCUACACGAUAACCAGUCGAUUCAUGUGAUUAGUGCUCUCUUUAUGGAACUUGUUCAGUGUAGUUCAAAUGUGAGCAACCUGAGUGGAUAUAGAAACUGGUUUAGAAAAUGGAAUAUAAAGUAUCAAAAGGCACAAAAGAGCAAUGAUACAGAAAAAUUGAAAUUAUUGGACGAUCAGUUGUUGACUAAGGCUGCUAAUGCUUGGAGGCAUGGUACUGAAGCUGCUGCCAAUAGUGCAUCGUUCUUUUUAGAGUUUCUUAUGUGCAAGUCAAAACGAAAGGAUGUGUAUUCUUUGACCGAGUACAGGCAGUUGUUAUCGAAUACACUUGAGGAUGUGAUGAAGGUGUUUAAUGACCCAGCUUGGCCAGUAGCUGAACUUAUCAUAAAAGUGUUUAGCCGUAUUCUAAUAGCAUUGCUUGAAGGAGACCACUCAGAUCAAUACUUGAAAACAUUGGCGGUUGAAUGGUUAGGAAUCAUUGCCUGUAAGAUCAGAACAAGCCAGGAACUGCUUUCAGGUGAUAACACAAAGGUAUACAGACCAGACUGGAUCUUUGACUUGAAUGAUAAGCUGCCUACUCAAAUCAACAAGGAUACAUCUGUUGAAUCAAUCGAAUUACUGAAUCAGUGUCGUAAGAAGCUACUGGAUAGCGUCAUGGAAGAACAUGCUGGUUCGAGUGUCGUACAGUUUUAUCUUGUCAGCUGGGGCUUUACCGAAUCCGUCUUGUGGGCAAAGGCAAAUAAGGGGUGGAAGGUUGACAAAAAAUCAAUGCUGGAAAAUAUAUCGACGACAGAAGAUAAAAAGACUGAUAUGGUACAAGAAGUAGAUGAUCAAGAUGUGACAAUGGAUCAAGAAGAAAAAUGGCCUUUAGCGGCUGUCCAUAUCCUACAGGAUACCUGCAAGUAUUACUGGCUAAGCUCUCUAGGACUAGAUUGCAGUUUUCCUCAGCCAAGCAAGCCAUAUUGUUUUCCUGAGAUGUCAAGGUCGGACGUGGCGAGUAUCGUCGAACUCUUAGCGUCUCGACAGACACUCUAUACAAGCUAUAACUUUAUCUUGUCCGAACUCUUUACUUGUUUGGAUAAAGAUGCUGUCUAUCUUCGAGUCAAGUCAUUAAAAGCCAUUGGAAGAAUAUCAAUGCAAGUUCCAGAAAUAUUUGAGGAGAGUCGAGUUUACACCUCUGUGGUUCAAAGGGUGCAUGACAAUUCUCCUUCAGUAAGAGAUGCUGCUAUUGAAAUAGUUGCAAGGUAUUUGAGUCAACAGCAUGAUGUCCCACUUAAGCUAUAUGAGCUUGUGAGCGGUAGAAUUAUGGAUACUGCCACCAACGUUCGUAAACGACUAGUAAAACUACUGCGAGAGCUUUACUUCAAGUUUACUGAUGAAGAGGUCAGGGUGGACAUUGCGUCAAAGCUUAUUAUGCGUAUUGCUGAUAAUGAAGUGUCUAUCAGCGAUUUGGCAUUAAAGGCAACACAAGAGAUAUUGUUUAUGCCUUUCAAAGAAGUAGAAAAAGAUGGAAAUGAUUACUUUGGUUACUCGUACGCAAAUGCUCCUAAACAGCGAAAGCAAAGGAUCAACAAGUUGACAAAGGUGAUUACAGGAGCUGUAGCUAAACUAGAUCCCUCUCUAAAUGGCCAAAACGCCGCUUUAUCUCAGAUCGUCCAGAGGACAAUAGACAGAGCUGAUGGAAAGCUGAAGGAAUGGUACGAAAAGAUAUUUCAAUGGAUCAUUGAUUCUUUAUUCGAUCAGAUGGUUUUGCUGGAUGAAGAGGACAAUACGACAGAAUUUAUCAGUUAUUUGGCAACAGUGCAUUCCUUUAUAAAAUCAUGUCCGGAUCUACUGCGAACCACACAAAUAUCGAUGCUACAGCCUUAUUUAACCAUAUCGGAAAUAGAUGACUGGACAAGAGCGUAUUACGUGCUGGUAAUCUAUCGAGAUGUGUUGCCAAAUAUGAAAUACCAUGAGCGCGGCUUUAUUGAAAUACUAGAGCGUAUUCUAGUACAACUAUUGACAACAUGUCCAUUAGAGUUAACAUCAAGCGCCGCUUCUUGUCUAUGCGUUAUUGUGGACCGAAUAUCUCGUAGGUAUAGUAUUCUUAUCAAGAUUCUCGGUUCCUGCGUGCUAAAGCUACGGCAAGUACGCGAUGCCAUUCUACAAUACUCGGUAACUGAAAAAACAUUUACGGGUGCCUUGAAGAUGCUCUUACUCUGCGGGCUACUCUGUCAGCAUUUUGAAUUCGACAAGAGGCGUCAGGAAGAGCCUGUGGCCAUGUCAGGGCUCGAUGCUGUGUACAGAGGGAGCAUUGGAACCUUGAUCUUUGACCUUUUACAUUUUUUUGCGGGUGACGAAAGGAUGAAUGAGCUUGGAGAACAAGGAAUGACGAUACGAUUGACUGCUUUACAAGCGCUUGGCUAUUUCUAUUGCUCCUAUCCAACAUUUAUCAUAUCAAACACGAGCACUGAGCUGAUGGACAAGAUAUUUAACCAAGGCACUAAUGCAAUGAAGACGCAGCUAAUGCGGGUGUUUCAAGAAUUUCUGUCAGCCGAAGAUAAGAGAAUCGAAAAACGUCAGCAUGAAGAAGGAGAAAAAGAAGAGAUUAUCAACCUUGAUAUUUUGUUGGGAAAUACUGAAGAGUAUGCAGAAUUGGGAGUCAAUGGUUCAUUGAUGCAGAGAUAUUUGCCCAAGAUCUUGGAGUGUACAUUAAACAAGACGUCAGGUCUACUCUAUGCUGCCUUUGAGGUUGUAUCCUCUGUCAUUCACCGUGGGUUAGCUCAUCCAGUACUUUGUAUGCCUGUGAUUAUUGCAGCAGAAACUAGUCCUGACGCCUUGCUCCGUACAAAGGCGUAUUAUACUCAUAAAUAUGCUCAUGACAAGUAUGGUGUACUCUUGUAUAUGCAGAUGAGUGAAUACAUAAGCACCUCUUUCCAAUAUCAAAAGCUUCUAUAUGGUAGCAACGUGAAAGGCUAUGGAAAAAGAGGUGGAGACUCUAGAACCGAGUCUGUUCUUGCAUUGACAUAUACAGUCUUGAAAGACAAGACAAAGGCAAAAUUCGAUUUUAUCUAUGCAUUAAUCAGGCCAUUCAUGUUUGAUUUAAAGACCACAGCACCCGAAGAGAUUGAGCUUGACUACUUGAAGUACUUGGCAGAGAAUUUGAUGGUCUUUGAUUUCUGUACGACGGAUGAAUUGCUGUUUGUUGUGUAUCAUAUAGAUCGCCUCAUCAUGACACUCGGAACAGAUCUUCUUUCGUUUGUACAGUUUCUAAGGAAACAAGGAAAGUUAGAAGAAGAAGACGAGAUGGAUCAUGACUUGUUGAUGGCAUCAAAGUUAUCUCUAGUUUUAUGUAUGUUGAUGCUGCUUAAAAAGCUAUUAAUUGAAUUAUACGAUAUACCUGACGAGCAAAUAUGUAAAUAUAACCCAAACAAUAAGCAUAGAUCAAGAGAUAUAACAAAAGACCUUGAAAUGCCACAAUUCAUUGACUGGGAAGAAGAACUGCUAUACUUUAAACACUGCACAUUAGAUAGACGCACAGGCUUAGAUGCAUGUAGUAAAUUCGAGUAUCUCAUCAUGAAUGAUACCACUGCUCUAGUUAUGACAGAUGAAAGUUAA